GUGGCAGCAGUGAUGCGCUCAGCUGACUGGCAUCAUAACGAAGGAGAAGGAGAAGGAGAAGGAGAAGGAGGAAAAGUUCUCGAACAUGUCCGAGUACGAUCAGAUCCAGAAGAACUCCCUAAAAUUAAAGGGAGUGGGAGAGCUUUCAGCAGGAAAGAAGAAGAAGAAAAAGAGUAAAGAGAGUAAGCAUCGCCUGGAGGAAGUUGUGACGAGCCAAAAUGAUGAGGAGGAGGUGAAAACAAAGAAGGCGUACAUCAACAAAAGGACACCAGCACAAAUCGCUUUUGACAAGAUGCAAGAAAAGAGACAAAUGGAGCGAAUUUUGAAGAAGGCAUCAAAGACACACAAGCACAGAGUUGAGGAUUUCAACCGCCACCUGGACGCUCUUACGGAGCAUUACGAUAUUCCAAAAGUCAGCUGGACCAAGUAAAAAGCAAGCUGUGUUUUUUUUCCCUGAGUCCUUGUGCUUUUUGUUCUUUUUAAUUUGCAUGUUUAUAAAAUGCCAUUGUUAGGCUUAAACUGGCAUUCAUUCCUUGGUUGUUACUGUGCACAAUAAAGUAUUUAAUAUUC